AUGAAUUCUCAACAGACCGAGUUUCGCACCUUCCACGAAACUCGAUCCACGGCCUUUCGACGCCCGCCAUACGCGCAAGACCGCCUCUCGGAGCGCUGGAGCGAGCCUGCCGUUGUCCUCACCGGGCUCGCGCUCCUAAUAACCGUCAUCUACAAACUUUACAGCCCGGAAACUUCCAUCGAAGACGUAACCACCUCCACGGGGACAUUUCUAUGGGACUGGCUAGUUUUUGCCGUGCCCGCGCCGAUCCUGUUUGCGAUCGACGACUGGCUGAAUCCGCCGCUGGCCCCUCGACCGACAUCCGACACGCGACCGGCCACACAUGCGGCCAAAAGCGAAGCUAUGAGUAGGAUCUUGGGGUUGGAUCGCUCCGGUGGCAUAGUGGCCACGGUAUUCCAAGCCAGGACCCGGGCUCUCUCGAUGACGGGCAGUGUCCUGGGGCUAAAGCUCGAUCACGAGCGGCCGCCUGGCUUGGGCAACCGUGACAACUCGUGCUAUCAGAACAGCAUUCUUCAGGGACUGGCCGCUCUAGAGUCUUUUCCAAACUACCUCUCGGCGUGCGUGCGAGCCGUUGAGUCGGAAAGCGCCGACCGAGGUGUCGCCCAGACCCUCCGAACACUCAUCGAAGACCUCAACGAUCUGGGGAACAACGGGAAGACGAUAUGGACACCAAGCUUGCUCAAGUCCAUGAGUACCUGGACGCAACAAGAUGCGCAGGAAUACUACUCCAAGAUGCUCGAUGACAUCGACAAGGCCGUCGCCAAAGCCUUCAAAGAAUCUCGCAUGUACUCCGGCCUCGAGUCCGACAGUACAAAAGACAACUCGGCUACCGCUAGUCAACACAGUGAUGACAGCGGAUACCAGAGCUUGCCUUCGAGCCCGGACCUUUCCGCUAUAAAGCCGCUACGGAACCCGCUGGAAGGACUGCUUGCCCAGCGUGUUGCGUGCGUGCAGUGCGGAUUCUCAGAGGGACUGUCGAUGAUUCCAUUCAAUUGCUUGACUCUCAGUCUCGGCCUCGACAAGAAUCGACACGACUUGUACGAAAGACUAGACGCGUACAGCAAAGUGGAGGCGAUCGAGGGCGUGGAGUGUCCGAAAUGCACCCUGCUUAAGGCGCAGAGGCUUCUGACAAAGCUAUUGGAGAAGAUGGAGGAGAGUGGCUCCUCGGCCGAACAGCUGCUCGAACCCCGCCGCAGGCUCGAAGCUGUAGAACUUGCCCUUGAAGACGACGACUUCGAUGAAAAGACUUUGACGGAGAAAUGCAAGAUCUCGAACCAGAGCAAAGUCAGCUCGACGAAAACGAAACAAAUCGUCAUUGCUCGGCCGCCGCAGAGCCUCGCCAUACAUGUCAACAGAUCAGUUUUCGACCCGGCAACGUUUGAUAUGAUCAAGAACUCGGCUCCCGUGAGCUUUCCCAUGACGCUUGAUCUCGGACCAUGGUGUCUAGGGAGCAGCGAGAAUUCGAGGGUAUACGCGCAAGAAGUUUCUCUCGACGGAAGUGAGGAGCAAUGGCAAUCGGACCCCAGAGCUUCGAUGGUGGCAGGGGACCUGGCUCCGUCGCGUCUGUCGGGGCCGAUUUACGAACUUCGAGCGGCGGUGACACACGCAGGCCGACAUGAGAAUGGCCACUACAUAUGCUAUCGACGAUACCCUGGCACCGAGGAUACGCUUGAGAGUUGGGAAGCUGGAGAGACUUCGGCUGCUGUUGAGGACGGCAUCGAUGAUGAUUCUCAGAGCACCAGCGACGAGACGCGAGACUCUGGAUCAUCCCAAGGCAAGAACGCGGGCUGGUGGAGGCUCAGCGACCACCACGUCAGCAAGGUGGAUGAGGAGACGGUCAUGUCACUGUCUCCCGGGGUUUUCAUGCUGUUCUACGAGUGCAUCGAUCCAAGCAUGGUGCCUCAUAGUGAAGCGGAAACCAUGAAUGACGCCGGAGAGCCACAGCACAGCGAAGAUGCAGGGGCGAGUGGAACAGCCACGCCGGGCUUCGAGGGCGAGGCGUCGGAAAGCUUGGCCGGGGAAGAGCCAACACGAGACCACGACAGCAUCGUUUCAAGCAGCACUGAUACCAAGCGGAACGGCCCGGAAGAUAUACCCCUGCCAGAGGAUGGCGACGAUGACUUGCUGGAUGAUACAAGCGAGACUCGGCCGUGA